ACCGGGACUUUUUUCUUUGAGUCUUGAGGCGUACUCCUGGAUCUCUGUGACUCUGUCAACGCAAAAUCUCCUGUAAACCCUCCCUCCUUUAACCCUUACUUCCAUGGCAGGAAUUCAAAUUCCACCCGAUGAAUCGGACGUCUCACUGCAGCAGCAAUUGCUGACAAGAGUCACCGGCGCAGGCAAUUUGGUGUCGGACGACGAAAGGUCUGUGGCAGCGGACUCGUGGUCUAUAAAGAGUGACUACGGAAGCAUACUCGAUGAUGAGCAGCGCCAUGCCGAUGCAGCCGAGGCCCUCUCAUUUGGAAAUUUCCACACUGCCUCAGAUUACAGUUCUGACAAAGAAGAACCUGAUCCUGAAGCAUUAACGUCAAUGCUCGGUUUUCAGAGUUAUUGGGAUUCUGCAUAUGCAAAUGAAUUGGCAAACUUCCGUGAACAUGGCCAUGCUGGUGAAGUUUGGUUUGGAGUUGAUGUCAUGGAUGUUGUUACCUCCUUGACCAAAAGCUUGUGCAUUGAGAUUUCUCAAGUUCAGAUGCCGAAUCUUGUUGAUGAUACCACAUCUGAGCUAGUUGAACAAGGUGAUAAAUGUUUGUCUGAAUGGAGUGUGCUCGACAUUGGAACUGGCAAUGGCAUACUUCUUCAAGAACUUGCUAAGCUAGGGUUUUGUGAUUUAACCGGAAUAGAUUAUAGUGAAGCAGCUAUUGAUCUUGCUCAGAGCCUUGCUGUUCAUGAUGGGUUUUCCAAUAUCAAAUUUUUGGUUGAUGACGUCCUUGAAACAAAAAUGGAGAGGCAGUUUCAAGUUGUUGUGGACAAAGGGACCUUAGAUGUCAUUGGAUUGCAUCCUGAUGGGCCUAUUAAAAGGGUCAUCUACUGGGAUUCUGUUUCUAAAUUACUGGCACCUGGUGGAAUUUUUGUCAUCACAUCAUGUAAAAGUACAGAGGAUGAAUUGGUUCAAGAAGUGGAAACUUACAGUCAAAGAAAGAUAAAAGCAACUCGGCAUCCUGAGAACCCCAAGGACCAAGAAGGGUGUAGAGAUCCUCCAUUUAAAUACUACAGUCAUGUCCGCACCCAUCGGACAUUCAUGUUUGAUGGCGUGGUGGAAUCUCGUGUUGCUACUGUGGCAUUUCUCAGGAAUUGAGCUUUAGGUCUUUAUUAUUGGUGGGUUAUACUCUCAGGUUUUGUUAUGGUUUUUGGUUUUCAUUUUUUUUUUAAUGGAAGUUUUUUGAAUGGUUUAGGGUAUUCUUGAGUGCAUUGAAUGUAAUUCACUUGCUUGUGGAAAGUUGGGAAUGUGUUUAAAUAGUAUGGUUAAAUAGACAACUAUUUUGUACUGAAAUCCGUUCGUGGAUAGUGAUAUUCAUCCAUUUUUAGCCAUGCAAGGCUUGCAAGA